AUGAAGAAGCAGGUGCUCCCACUCUCAAGGAUCAAGAGAUUAAUAAAAGAAAACCAAGAAAUAAAGGUUCAUAAAAUGGUAAGUGGACUUCUUUCUCUUAUUAUCAAAAGAAUCAUAAUAUAUGUCAUCAAUAUUUGAUGAUCUAUUUCUGAUUAUUUUGAGGUAUGGUCAGCUAAAAAUCACACAUCUUUUCUUUGUUUGGAAAUAGAGGAUCAGCGCAGGUACUCCACUACUGUUCUCGAAAGCCAGUGAAUUAUUUAUAAUGGAGGUCACAUUUAGAGCUUGGUUACAUGCUGAAAUGAGCAACCGGCAAUCAAUAGAAAUAAUUGAUAUUGCAGGAGGAAUAUCACAGGUCACUACCUACAGUUUCCUACAAAACAUGAUACAAAGGAGAUGCCCCAUUGGCAUGUAG